CCCUACUACAGUAGAUCUCACUUCCUUCUAAAUGAUUAUUUAUGGCUCAGUAGAGACUGCCUGCAACGGCAUCAGUGAAACUCGACUGGAAGGAAGCCAGAGAUCUUUUCUGUGGUUUCUCUCACCCAAAUAGGAUCACCAGGGGAGGGGAUCCUUCCAGAACUUGGGACAGAUGUACUUACUGGUCUAGACAACACCCAUAUACUUUCCCUUGUCGGCCUUUGUAUCUAACUACCAGAUGGCAGGACUAAGCUAGCCACUGAUUGAAUUGAUCCACAGAAAACAUUGUCUACACACAAAGUUAAGAUUGAUGCCUUAUCAACCCCCUGCAUGCAGCUUCGUCAAGGUUUUAUAGGUGAAAUUUAAAAUGCAGUCAGGAAUCCCCUUCUGUUUUAGAGACACCAGUAUAAGGAGGAAGCCAGGAAGUUUCCUUGGGUUGUCACUGAAACCUAGGUCCAGGCAUAAGAAAACCCCCACAGCCUUCCAAGGAUAAUGCUCAGAAGGACUUUUUAGCUAACUGUUUAUACAAAAUCUCAAGCAGAAAUUGUGGGACAAUAAACUCCACCACGUAGCCACCAAAUUCACUGGCUGCAGCAAUUCCCAACUUGUUCCCUCCUCCCAGUUGCUUUUUGAGGAAGUAGUUUAAAGCAGUUGUGAUUUUUGUUGUUGUUUUGUGUUUUUGAGACAAGAUUUCCUUUAGCCCAGGCUGGCCUCAGACUGACAGUGUCACCAGAAAUAAGCUUGAACUCUUGUUCUUCUUGUCUCUGCUUCUCAAGUGUUGGGAUUACCUGUAUGCCACCACGCCCAGCUCUGAAAUCACUAAAUCCUGGUUCACCUUAAAAAUCCAACAUCGAGAUGAGUGCUUGAUUGUUGGCUAUAGUUCAAGCCCUGGUUGUUCUAGGUCUAUUCAGGUAAAGUCAAAACUCUGAUGACUGCCUAAACACAUGAUGAGAGCCCAGGAAGCUGCAUGUCAUCCUUCAUUAGGAUUAAGCAACCUCAGGUCCAACACACAGGUGGCCAAAGGGAGCUGUACCCAGACCAUUCUAGGAGAGUCCCUAGGGCUCAGCCAUUUAGGGCUGGUCAGAACAUUUGCUGGUGAUAGAGGCCUUCAUCUCAAGUUCCCUCUUUCCUCUUAGUAGUAGUUACACUGUCACCAUCUUGCUUAUAGCUUUGGUUCUAGAGGGACAGGUAAGCAAACACAUCUGUUUUUUAUUCCAGGGCUUUGGUUCUGUGAAUACCCCACAGUUUAUCUUGUGACUCACCCCCCCCCCCCUUCAAUGUGUGUGUGCUUGUGUGUUCAUGAGUUCAAACUUGCAUGAAUUCCUGUGCACCAUCUGUGAAGGUACCCUGAAACUGGAGUUCUAGGCAGUUGUAAGCCACCAUGUGAGUUCUGGGUACCCAGCCUUCAUCAUCUGUAAAUCAUCUCUCCAGCCCUGCCUUGUUUGAAAUCUUUAAUCUGAGGAUGGUGAACAAGACUGAAGGAAAGACAGUGACACCCUAGCAAGAGACUGAGUAUUGGUUAAAGCUCUGUUGUGCAAGAGUUGUAUGUACCCUAAGGAAAAGGGACAGAGGAGAGGGAAAGGUAGUUUGAUAGCAAAUAUGCAAAAAUGAAUGCAGAAGAAAAUUGAUGAGUCCUAGUACUAAGUCAGGAUUUAAUGGUACAGAAACCAAGUGCCAGGACAAGGAAACAUCUGUGGCUGGAAACUACUUUGUGCUGGCUGGAGACUGCCUGGUGUGCUUGUGCAUACAAGUAGGCACUCACCAGAAAUGAUGAUCCACUUGUUAAAUAACAUAAACACAGCUUGCUGUGGACACAACACAGUGCAAGCUAGUACUUAGGAAGAAAGGGGCUGGGAAAAGGGAAUCUAGAGGGUGGCAGGUUUUCUCUGAGUGGUUAGAAUUAUGGAGCAUCUUUGUUUUGUGAUUUUUGAUUCUCUUCUAGAUUGUCUAGUAAGGCUAUGGAAAUAACAUAAGCAAUCCAGUGAGAACAGGUGGAGGCCGGGUGUACAGCAGAGCUUCUGAAGCUGGGAGUUGCUCCUAUCACUGUUUGCAGUCUUGAGGAAAGCUUUGCAGUGGGGUGACUAGGUGUGAGCAUCUCCUGAGUGGGAAACAACACCUUCAUUCUGUAAUCACAAAUUUAAGAAGCAAACAGAUUUUUAUGAUUCUGCAGAAAUGGAAAUCAGCCUAGCAAAACUAGCUUCCCAGUUUGGUACAAAAAGUGUUUUUUAAAGUCUGAUGAAAAAUUCUGCAUUUUUGGUUUUCUGAGACAUGAUCUCACUCACUAUGUAUCCUUGGCAGGCCUAGAGCUUCCACGUAGACCAGACUUGGAUUUGAACUUGGAUUUCCGAUAGGCUGGCUCUCCAGAGAGAUAAAAUCUUUACAUUUGUCUAUCAUUACCUGCUUGAUGGAUUCCCCAUCCUAUUGGCUCCAGUUUGCAGGGUUCAUGGCUGAGAAGACCACUGAUGACUUCUCUCUUCAGCCUGUUCUCCACCUCUUGGUACUAAGAAAACUAUCAGGAACCCAUUUAUUCUUCUUCUCUGUUCUUUUGACACAAUGUUUGCUAGAGGGCUGAAGAGGAAAUACGGUGACCAGGAGGAAAGAGUAGAGGGUUUUGGCACUGUCCCUUCCUAUUGCCUGCAGCGGCAGUCACUCCUGGACAUGUCCCUGGUCAAGCUCCAGCUCUGCCACAUGUUAGUGGAGCCCAACCUCUGCCGCUCGGUCCUCAUCGCCAACACGGUCCGGCAGAUCCAAGAGGAAAUGAGUCGGGAUGGUGUGUGGCAUGGGAUGGCACCCCAGAAUGUCGAACAGCGGGCACCAAUUGACCGCCUAGUCUCCACAGAGAUCUUGUGUCGUACAGCCAGGGGAACUGACGGGGAGCACCCCACUCCUGAACUGGAAGAUGAUCCCCUGCAAAGCUCAGCUUCUGAGCUUCCCAUAGUCAGCUCAGCACAGGGACAGAGGAACCCUCAGAGCAGCCUCUGGGAGAUGGACAACCCACAAGAGAACCGGGGAAGCUUUCAGAAGUCACUGGACCAGAUAUUUGAGACCCUGGAGAACAAAAGCCCCAGCUCAGUGGAGGAACUCUUCUCAGACGUGGACAGCUCCUAUUAUGACCUAGACACGGUGCUAACAGGAAUGAUGAGUGGGACCAAACCCAGUCUCUGCAAUGGCCUCGAGAGCUUUGCUGCAGCUCCCCCACCUCCCAGCUCCACUUGCAAGUCAGAUCUGGCUGAGCUGGACCAUGUAGUAGAGAUUCUGGUGGAGACCUGAGAGAAGGCCCCUGGUGGGCCAAGUACAAGGCCACACACCCACCCCAUGGAGCUCUUCUGUUCUGUGAUCCAGAGACAGACAAGCACUUGUCCCAAAGGGGGCCCUGCUUCUCUGACUAUGAAAAUACCCUGGGACAGAUUUUCUCUGCGAGGCUGCAUGCGGCCCUGAAGACAGAGCAAGCCAUUGCCAGGAACUGAGCUCUUUGAAGACUUUUGGGCCCUGGGUUCAUUUUCCUGUUUAGGAUCACUGUGGAGGAUGGUGUGCCACAGUUGUGUCUAAUGUAUUUUAAAUUAGGUAGACGAACUUUCUAAAAUUUAAGUUUUAUAUGUUUUGGGCAAUAUUUUGUCUUAAGAUAUAUUUUAAAACUUUUUAUACUUUAGAUUUUUUUCAGCUAUUUUCUUAAAAGUAUAUUUUUUCUACAAACAUCCUCUGCUGCUACAUUAGAAACAUAACCUAAAUAAUUACAAUUGGUGUGUGUCAUUUUUAAGGUUUAAAUAGAAAAUAUUUUUUGGUAAUGAAUCUCUACACUCCCAAGGCAACAGUGUAAUGUAGCUGGCCAGGUGUUUACAUGAGAGGCCCAAUCAUGGUCUGCAUUCUAGCAGAGUGUCUGAAAUGAGAACCAUGCACAGCUCCACUGCUGCCUCACUGGGUCUGCUCUGCAGGUGUCCUGUCAACACAGGGUGGUUUAUUUAUGCCUAUUUAUAUGUAAAUGCCACUGAAGGCUAAGGUCAGAUGUCUAGAAAUUACACAUCAGUUAGUUCUGUCUCAGCCUGUGCCUUAUGUAGGUCUUGUCCUUGGCCGUUACUGCUUGGCUCCCAGGCACUCAUGUGUGACAGAAGGGCAUGACCUCCUCACACCUCAUGUUCCAUGUCAAGUGUGUACAUGGAGGCUGCUGGGUACCAGGCAUGCGUGUGCUUGGAAAGGGUGUGUGUCCUCACCCAUGUCCUCAGAAGGGAAUAUCCAUGCUUGCUUGCUUUUAAAAUGGUGCUUAAACAUUUUAAGAUUCAAAACAAUCUGACUCCAUCUAAUUUUAGGGCCCCUUAAUCCUGGGGUGACCCCCUAAGAUGUCUGCUUGGAUCUCAAGGUUCUGCUACCUGAUCACAUGUCAGACUCUUCCUCCCUCCAUGCAUGCUUUUUCUGUUUCUCGUGCUUUUUUGGACUUCCCCAUCCGAGCCUAAGAGGUUUUAUUUUAUUUUUUCUGUGUUUGUAUGACUAGUCUUUUAAUAUCAUCAAUGUAAACCUCACUUUAUUAAAAAAUAUUUAGCAAAUGGAA